AUGGGCCUUCUCCUUCCGCAAGACACGUCCGUGGUUGUUGGGGUCGUGAUGGACUCCGAGGGAGAGGUUGUGCUGUCGAACGUCAGCGGUGACGAUCGGAGUACGCAGGAGGCGGCGGCGGCGGCGGGUUCCGUCGUUGUAGCCGGGGAGAUGCCGCAGGCUACGGCUGGCGGGACGGCGGCGCUGGCUGAGCCGCCACCGCUGUCUUCUGCGCGAGCAGCGGCGACGACGGGCGCGCGUUCUCAGGAGCAACAGGAGGAGGUGCCGGGGCCAGCAGCAGCCUCUGUUGACCCUUCAGGCCCGCCGCCGCCCCCGUGGAAGACCUACACGGUCAAGGGAGGAGACUCCAUCCUGUCCAUCUGCCAGGACCAGGGCCUAAACGGUGCCGCGGGUGCGGCGCGCCCCGUAGCCGGCGGUGGCGGUGGAGGCGGCGGCGGCGGGAAAAAGGCGACCCUGUUGGACGAGGAUACCCACGAGCUGGUGGACAAGGUGUUCUUUGGCGGCCUUAGCUACGCGCUCGUGCAGACGCUCACCGUUAUCGCCGAGCGGGCCCCGGCGUUGCAGCCGGAGGUUCAGGCCCGACUCAUGAAAAUGGUCGGGGACGUUCUCGAAAACUUCAUGCCAAGACCCUGGGGUUUCGCUGGCAGCGGCGUUUCUACCGCGGGCGGAGGGCUCGGCGCCGGCGGCGUCGGGAGCCCUCCCGUUGACGGUGUCGUUGGGGGCUUAGAGGGGCUGUCUCUGGUGUGCGAGUCGCCGCGGAUGCCCGGCAAGCGCGGCGGCGGCGGCUCCGGGGGCGGCGGCUUCGGUGGUGGUGGUGGGGCUGGGGGGUUGUCUUGGUCCGCGGAGGGAGGGAGGCAUCUCGAGGCUUGGAGGAGCGUCCUGUUCCCAGCUCCCGGAACGAGAGCCGCCGCCGCGUCGGUGGCAACAACAACAACAAUCCAACCCUACCGCGCUCUCGGCGAAGGCAUUCCCGUCACCGCAACCGCAACCGCAAUCGGACCCGACGACGCUUCCCUCACGGCAGAAGACACCUGCUGCGGCGGCGGCAGCGGCGGCGGCGGCGGCGGUUACCCCGACUGGUCGGAGAUCUCUACCGUGUUGUGGUCGCCUUCCGCCGGAGCGGGCGGCGGCGGCGGCGGCGGCGGCAUGGGUGCAGGUCAGCGGGUACGGACCGGCGGCGGCGGCGGCGGCGGCGCCGGGUUGUUUGUCGGGGAGACGAGGGGCGCGGCGCAGGCGAGGCUUGCGGAGCAGCCCGGGGUGUUCUGGGAGCUGUACGGGAGCGCGGAGGAGGGGGAAGGGGCCACGACCGGGAACGUCGUGCUGGCCCUCGAGGUCCUGGGGUCGUUCGACUUCUACUCGAUACCCGCGAACGGCGGCGCGCGCGGGGUCGGGGGUGUGGGGGUCUCUGGCGAGGUGUCCCUCGACUACCGGCAGGAGAUGCUGGAGCGGGCCCUGCGUCUCCUGCACCACCACGCCCUCCGGUGUCUCGACGACGCUGACGAGCGGGUGCGCAUGGCGGCGUGCUCGGCGUGCUGCCGGCUCCUCGCAAGGGCCGCACUCGACGCCCGACCUGCCCACCAUAGCGGUGGUGGCGGCGGCGGCGGGACUGCAGGAGAGGGAGGAGGAAGCGGACCAAAAGCUUCCGCCCCGGCCCCGGCCACCGCCGGCGGCGGCGGCACCACGGCCGCCCUCGCCGGAGCCGGCACACCCCGAGCACCCUCCCCGGCGUUCGAUCAGAACCCCGCUACCGCGACCACCGGAAGGGACUCCGGUCUUGUGGGCGGGGGAGGGUUGAUGAUGUGGGCGUUUGAAGGAGGCGGCAGUUUUGGCCCUUCCCUGCUGGAUGGUGGGGGGAUCGCGGCCGGGACUGGGGUGGGGUCCGUGUUGGGGGAGUACGGGGGCGGCGGGGGCGGCGCGGCGGCGUGGAUGACGCGGGCGUGCGUGGAGGUUUUGGAGCGGUUGCUGACGGUGGGGCUCCAGGACGAGGCGGUUGCCGUGAGGCAGGAGAUCGUUAGGGGCCUAGAGACGAACCACCCCCUGGACCCCCUCGUGGCGCUGGCGGGCAACAUCCAGUGCCUCUUCCAGUCGGUCAACGACGAGAACUUGGACGUCAGGCGGAGCGCCGCGCGCGUCGUCGGCAGGGCCUCGCGGCAGCAGUCCACCAUGGUCAUGCCCUUCGUGAGGGUGGCCCUCGUGCAGCUCGGGAGGCACCUGGACGUGUCGCAGGACCCGUUGGUGAAGCGGGAGCGCAUCCUUAUCCUUACGGACCUGCUCACCUCGGCGGGGUCCCUGGUCCGGCCGUACGUGUCGAGCAUCAUGCCGCAGCUGCUGCUGGAGCUGGUGGGGUCCUCGGGGUGCUUGGGCGGGGUCGGGGGCAGCCACAGGCUUUCCUACCUGCAGCAUCGUCCGUCAGGAACUGGUGGUAGAAAGGUGGGGAGCGGAGGAGGGGUUUCGGGUGCCGGAGGCGGGGGGAAAAAGGCCGGGGAAGCGGGGCUCAUGUCGGCUGUGCUGACCGCCGUUCUCAGGGCGAUGGGCGUCCUGUCCGUGCCACCCGGGUGCGUCCUGUCCUCUCUGUCGUAG